GGAGCAGGGGAGUGGAGUGCGAGAGACAGGGGACGGGCACCCCGCUCCAACUCCGCCCCAUUGCCAUCCUUACACAUCACUAUGAUGACCAAACACCAAAAGCCAAUAGAGCUUCCAUCUUCUUCCUCCCCUGCUGAUGUCCAUCUCUCUUCCUCUUUUUGAAUAAUUCUUCUGAUUCAAUCCUUAAGAAAUCCUUGAAUCCAAAUCACUUAACAAAUCCCUUCAUUCAUAUGAUCUAAAGUCGAGAAAAAAGUUGAAAAAAGAAAGAGAAGAAAGAACAAGGAGAAGGGGAAAAAGAUGAUUCGAUUACUGUUUAGUUUGAUAUUCGCAGAGAUGGCCUUGAUCGUGAUCUUCGUCUUUAAAACCCCCUUGAGGAAGUUGGUGAUAAUGGGCAUCGAUCGGGUCAAAAGGGGUCGCGGUCCAACCGUAGUCAAGGCUGUUGCCGGGACCCUUUUUGUGGUUAUGAUGUCCAGCGGCUACAAUGCGGUGGCGAUCCACAACCGUUGGUCUCAAGAUGCCGAUAUAAAUCCGACGGAUCAGAUUCUUUUUGCGAACUACCUACUUGAAGCCUCUCUUAUGGGGUUUUCCCUUUUCCUUGCAUUCAUGAUUGACAGGCUACACCAUUAUAUCAGAGAACUGCGGAUACGAAGGAAAAGUAUGGAAGCUGGAAAGAAACAAAACCGGAUUUCUGAUGAUGGGAAGAAUGGUGACUUUAAAGCAUUGGAAGAAGAAUCAGCUGCAUUGCGGGCAAAGGUUAAGAACUUGGAAGCAGAGCUUGAUGAAAAGACUAAAGAAGCAAGUAGUGCUGAAGCCAAUAAAUUGGCUUUGAAAAAGCAAUCAGAAGGUUUUCUCCUUGAAUAUGACCGGUUGCUUGAGGAAAAUCAAAGCCUUCGAAGUCAGUUGCAAUCCUUGGAUAGGAGAAUCUCACACUCAGAUAGCAAGAAGAUUAUGUAACAAACAAUGACUAAAGCUAUUCCUUGAGUAUCUAAUAGUUUCUACAUUUCUUACAGCUUUUUGCUAUAGGUUCCCUGACACUUGAAAAAGCCGGGAGACAGGUUGAAAGGGGAAGACAUUGAAUGAGUUGGAUCUUUGGUGUUGUCACACUAGCUAAUUUUUCUAGACAAAUGAGUCAGUACUGGUUGCGUUCUUUCUUUCUGAAAGACUGAUUCAUUGUUUUGUAUUGCUCUUAGUUAGACUUGAGAAAAUUUGAUCACUAUGGCAAGAAAGCUAGGAUUCAAGACUUUGUCAUGGGUCCUAUUUCACAAAUUGGAUUAGGCGUGACAAUACGACCAGGAAUUGAGAAUUCUGUUGGUAUUGAUAAUCUUCUUCUCUUUGGAUUUUCUGAUUGGAAAUUCUGGAUUGAUUCUAUUUGAUAUCUGAAUGGAAAACAAUGAAGGGAGAUAACUGGUGUAUCUACCAUGUUAUUCCCUUGACCAGAUGUCUUAAUGUAA